AUGAACCAGAACAAUCUGAAUGCAAUAAUGAUUGCUUAGUUUGUGAUGGGGAUUAAUUGUCUCGAAUAUAAACCAUAAGAGAUUUUCGAAAAUAAUCAGUUUUUCUUCUGUGGAGAUGGUAUUAUAACCCAAGACGAAGAAUGUGACGAUGGAAACAGGAUCAAUUCUGAUGGAUGUUCAAAUUAAUGUAAAAUUGAAGAAAAUUGGAAUUGUAUCGACUCCUUAUCAUUUUUAAGUUAAUGCUUUCCUAUGGCUAAAAUUUAGAUUGAACUUUUAAAUUCAACUUUUAACAUACAAUAUGUUAAAUUAUCAUAUACGAAUAAAGUUAAACUAAAUUAAUAGGACAUAAACUUUUUAGAUUUUAAUCUUAAUUCAAUUAACAUUAACCCGACUUAUUAUAACAUAAGUAUUUUUAGUGUAAUCGAAAUAGUCUCAAAUGAGACUCGAAAUAUCGAUUAUGAAUUAAAAAUUAAAAUAAAUUAACAACUCUCAUAAAACCCAAUUUUGGAAGUUAAGGUCGAUCUUAUUUUAUUGGAUGAAAACGAUUUACUAGUACCAGCAUCUUCAUAAUAAAUUGAAUUAAAUGCCCCUUUAGUUUUAAAUCAAGCAUAAGUAGAUGCUUCUCACAAUUUAUAAUAAAUUGGUUACAGUCUUAUCCUUACAUUAGGAGGCUUUGCUAUUUUUUCAUUCCUUCUUGGUUCUCUAACAUAAUUUAUUGAAAUCGUAGAUCUUUUAUAAUUUUACGCAUACUUGAAAUUUAUAAAUGUAGAAUAUCCAGAAAAUCUUUAUAUUUAUUUUUAAUCUAACCAAUUUUGUAAUUUGUAGGAAUUAAAGAUAAUUUUGAAGAUUAUUUAGGAAUUAAUAUAAUUUAAUUAUUAAAUUAAUGCUGAUUUAAUAACUAAUAUAUAUAGCUAAUUAAUUUAGGUAAUUUUAUACUUUUUAUCAUUGGUACUUCUCAAAAUUUAUCUGAAGUUUUGCUUAAAAUUUUGUUUCACUACAUAUUUCAUAUAUUUUAUAAGAAAGCAAAAGUCAAAAACGUUUGAGAGGCUUGCAAUAAAACUAUAUUAAUUUAAUCAAUACAUAUAGAAUUAUUAAAAUUUUGACAACCUAGAGUUUAUAAUAAAUUGUUAUUAUGCUAAUGCUUGGGAUUUAAGUUUCAAGGUUUUAUUGUAUUUAACCUUUAACCAAUAAUCAGGGAUUAGAAAUUUUUUCUCAUAAAUAGUUUGUUCAAUAUAUUUUAUAUUAGGGAUAUUUAUUGUUGUGAGAAAUUUUAGGAGCUAAAAUACUAAAAUUGAUAUUAAAGAAUUAAGAGAUUAAUAGCAUCAAUUAAUUAUUGUAUUAAAAAAGUUUACUUUUGUGUUAAUUUUAAUUGCAAUGUAAGAUUGCUCAAUAGCAUAGUCUAUAAUGCUCUCAUUUUCCACCUGUAUGUAUAUAGGUUUUAUAAUGAUUAUUAAGUUUACAAAUACUAAAUUAGAGUUGAUGAAUAUCUUAUCAGUGGAGAUCCCUGUAAUAUUAUUUACAUUAAUUAAUUUAUCGUUUUGUAAGGAUUUUAACAAUCAUUUUACUCAUGAUUAAAUAAUAAGAAUCGGUUUUUUAUAAAUCGGUUGUUUAAUAUUGGGAUUAUUAGGUCCUUUAAUUAAUUGUGUUUAUCAUUUUUAUAAUAAAUUUAAAUUAUUUUAUAAUAUAAUCAAACCAAAAAAAUCAGAAAAGAUAAGAGCAGUUAGGAAUAUUUUGUUUGAAGUAACAGAUUGA